AUGCCAAAAAAACAGUCAGUGCAUAAUGAAAGAAAAAUCCGUAGAAGUGAAGGAAAACCUUACGUUACCAAGAAAAAUGUUAUGGUUGAAGGAAAAAAAGAACCAAAAGAAGAGAUCAGUUGUAAAUGUAAGUUUCACUGUCGUAGUGUUCCAUAUACUCAAAAGAAACUCCUAUUUCAUGACUUUUAUGCCUUAAAAGACAACUGCAAACAAAAUUCUUAUUUGAUGGGUUUGAUGAUUAUUACUUCGGUGAAAAGAAGGCGUCACGGAAAGUAUGAUGAUCCGAAGGACAGCAGACGGCAAGUUACCGUAUGUUUUUCUAUGCCAGAUGGAACGGGCAACAUCAUACAGGUCUGUAAAAAAUUAUUUAUGGAAGUUUUUGGGAUUACUAAACGCAGAGUUGAGACUCUAGUGUUAAAAAAAAAAAAGGGAGAGACUGUAUAUACUGAAACUCGUGGUAAUACGCAGAAUAGAAGCAAGUUUACUGAUGCAGAUAAAAACCUUAUAAUAGAGCAUGUGAACUCCUUUCCGAGAGAUGAGAGUCAUUACGGGAGAAAAAAAAGCAAAAAAGAAUAUUUAAGCCAAGAUUUAAAUAUCAGUGGAUUAUUUCGUUCGUUUAAAGAUAAAUUUCCUGACUCUCCUGUUACCUACAGGUUUUUCUUUGAAACGUUUAAACAAAAAUGCCCAAAUAUUUCAUUCCAUAAACCACGUACAGAUACUUGCAGUAAAUGUGAUUUGUUAUCAGCAGAAGUAGCGGCAAAACCACGUGAUAAACAUACCAAAAAUAUGUUAGAACUUCAUCACAAAAAAGCUGAAAAAGCAAGGCAACAAAUGAAACAAGACACAGCUUUGUCUCAGCUCCCUACCAGUGAUAUUUGCAUGUUUUCAAUGGAUUUAGAACAGGUCUUAUCUUUGCCUUCAUUAACGCAUAGUCAAAUGUUUUACUUGCGUCAGUUAUCCUGUUACAAUUUAGGUAUACAUUUUGGUGACAGUAACAGAGGGCACAUGUUCUUAUGGCACGAAGGUAUGAGUGGCCGAGGAGGAAAUGAAAUCACUUCAUGUGUUUUUGAAGCAUUGAAUUCUAAUCCAACAGUGAAACGUAAACUAACUAUUUGGUCUGAUAACUGUGUGGGCCAAAAUAAAAACAAAAUGUUAUUAUUUCUAUGGAUAUAUUUAACACUCACAGAUAAAUUUGACGAAAUUAAUCAUAAGUACCUAGUGUCUGGGCAUUCCUUUCUAUCCUGUGACAGAGAUUUCGCCCAAAUUGAAAAACGUAAAAGAGUUGAAAAGUGUGAAGUUCCAAUGGACUUGGUAAAACUCAUUGUUCACGCCACACCAAAUAACCCGUUUAUUGUCACUUUAUUAGAACCCAAUGAUUUCUAUGAUUUCAAAAAAGCAGCAGACAUGUACUUAAAUACUGGAAAACUUCAAAUUUCAAAAUGUUCUUGGCUCAAAAUAACAAAAGACAAGCCCGGUGUGGUGCAAACCAAGACUACUUUCAAUGAACUUGAAGCUUGGAGCGCGUGCAAAGUCAUCAAAAAAGGUGUGACAGUUAACACAAUAAAAGAGAUGGAUUUACCGUCCUUGGUAUGUGAAAAUAAAAUAUCAGUCGAAAAAAAAAAAGAUCUUCAGCAAAUGCUACCAUUUUUAAAAGAAGAAAAUAAAGAAUUUUUCGAAAAAUUAAUUAAGUAA